CACACCCAAUUAGACCAAAAGUUCAUGGUAAACGACUUGAUGAUUUUUUCAAAAUAAAACAAAUUAUAUUAUUGAACUGAAAAACGUAUCGGAAACACACAAACAUAUAAAACAGAAACAUAGUUACACAAGUAGUUGUCGUGUUUGCAUAUGAAUCAAACAAAAAGAUCACCGGUGGUGAUUCGGGCUGGGCCAGGACCAAGAGGACAACAGGUUUGGAAUCAAAGUUCAACUUCAACUUCAAAUUCUGCUUCUGGGUCUGGGUCAGGGUCAUUAUUUGGAUCACAUACACCUAGCAGGAAUAAUAAUAUUGAUCAACAACAACAACAACAAAAGACAAACAAGAAGGUUUCGAUUUUUGGUUUGAUAGUUAAGGUUUUGACUUGUAGAAAUGAUGCUUCUCAUGAUGAUGAGGACUCAUAUGAUCAUUUUCAUGUUGACCCUCCUACUACUUUUCAAUAUUCAGCACGUAGUUCCUUGAGAAGCAGCGGAAAGCUCAACCACUCAGCUUCCUCUACACCUUCUUUAGCCUCCAAUGGACAGCAGGGUGCAGAUGAGUUAUCCUUUCAAGAUAUUUGUAAGGCAACUGGAAAUUUCUCAGCCUCAAAUAUAAUCGGUGAAGGAGGAUUCGGCACCGUUUAUAAGGGAACACUGAAAAAUGGAGCCAUUGUUGCUGUAAAACGUGCAAAAAAGGACAAUUAUGAAAAAGGGACACCAGUGGAGUUCAAAAAUGAAAUACUAACAUUAUCGAAGAUUGAGCAUCUAAAUCUGGUACGAUUCUAUGGAUUCAUAGAGCAUGGAGACGAGCGUCUUAUCUUGGUAGAAUAUGUUGCCAAUGGAACACUUCGUGAACAUCUAGAUGGCAAACGUGGAAAUGGGCUUGAAAUUGGGGAGCGUCUAGAUAUUAUAAUCGACGUAGCUCAUGCAAUUACAUAUUUGCAUACAUAUACAGAUAUACCAAUAAUCCACAGAGACAUCAAAUCGGCUAAUAUAUUGAUUACUGAUAAAAUGCGUGCAAAAGUGGCUGAUUUUGGAUUUGCCCGAAUAAGUGUUGAAGAUCCAGAAGCUACUCACAUUUCUACUCAAGUCAAAGGAACUGCAGGCUAUUUAGAUCCAGAAUACCUUAGUACAUACCAACUUACUGACAGAAGUGAUGUGUACUCCUUUGGGGUUUUGCUUGUGGAGUUGGUGACAGGAAGACUGCCAAUCGAAUUAAGUAAAGCUCCCAGCGAGAAAAUAACGAUAAAAUGGGCAAUGCAAAGGCUAAAACAAGGAGAGGUGGUGCUAGCAAUGGAUCCAAAGCUAAAGAGGAACCCAGGAUCCCUGAUGGUCGUGGAAAAGGUAUUGAGAGUUGCCCGACAAUGCCUGGCUCCCACCAGACAAUCGAGACCUUCUAUGAAGAGAUGUGCCGAGAUCUUGUGGAGAGUCAGAAAGGAUUACCAUGAACAGAACGAAGUUAUGGCAGCUUUAAAUCAUUCUGCACAAGUACCUCAAAUGGAUGCCAGAAGGAACCGCCAUGAAUACUUUGGUAUUGAAGACAGCAGCAACCAAAGAUUUCAAUCUGCAUAGAUGUUGUAUAGAGAAGUUUUUGUAUGUAGAUGAUUUGUUCAACUGUUUACUUGUAUUUUCUGCCAAAGGUUUCUCAAUUAUACACGCAUGAUGCGAAUACACGGAGUAUUUGUUUGUUCUUUUUUUUUUGUAUUAUAUAUUAUAUCGGUGUCCCGGGAACAAAUUGUAAUUCGUCA